AGGCAGAGACACAGGCAGAGGGAGAAGCAGGCUCCAUGCACCGGGAGCCCGACGUGGGAUUCGAUCCCGGGUCUCCAGGAUCGCGCCCUGGGCCAAAGACCGGCGCCAAACCACUGCGCCACCCAGGGAUCCCGAUUCACCAACUUGUUAAAGGUAAACGGAGUUGGGGUGAUUCGAUCACACACCACUCCCGUUCUACUGAGUUGACAGCUGCUAUCUUCUCAAGAGCCGGUCUUCCACGGGCCAUCUGCAAGAUUUCCUUGGCAAACCGUCCCCACCCUUCGAUCACCUUCGAAGAAGAACCCGUUUACCGUUAGGUCCUAUGGAUCAUUCCCAGGCUUCUAACCAGUAACAGAGUCGAUCUAAUGGUAUUUUUCUUUUCUUUUUUUUUUGUAUUUUUCUUUUAACGGUUCUUUGCAUUCCACUUCUUCGUUGCAAAACACCUGUUCCCGAGGGCAAUGGGGGCACUUUGCAAAAGUCUAAAGCAGCCCGACUUUUGCGGGCAGGAAGAUACCGGGGGGCCCACGUGAAGCCAGGCUUGCGGUGACCCAGGCGUCGCGCUCGCUGCCUUCCACAGGUUAUUCCUUUUAAUCCUGACGCCAACCCUGAGGUCGGUAUCAUCAGGGCCCCCACUUCCCGGGCUGGGAAACUGAGGCUCAGCGAGGUUGCUCAUCUCCGGUGGGGGGAGCGGCUCCCCCCCCCCCCCGCUUGUCAACUGAAGCGAUGAAGGAAAGGAAGUCCGACCAAGAAAAAUAUAAAUCGGGGGAAGGCAGCGAAGGGAACGAAGCGUAAACCGAAAGGCGGCGGAGGCUCCAGCGCAGCCCGCACGCCUCCCAGCGGCCGCCUCUCCGCACCCCGCGCUUCCGGCCUCGGGAGCGCGUCAUUAGCCAGCGCCCGGCGUCGCCCCUGGUCACGUGCGCGCGCGCGGCGUCAGACGUCGGGUGAGGAGGCGGGCUUUCCGGCCCUGACCCCAGCCCUUUCCGGCAAGAGCCGGAAGACGGUCCCGGACGGCUCUUGGCGGGGCGGUGUGUGGAAGCGAGCUGUGGGCCGCCGGCCCUUCCGGCGUGCGCUGGUCGCUCAUGCUGCGGCCCGCGGCUGCCGGCCCCCGCUCGGAUUAGCGGCGCUCAGGCGCCGGGCAGCGCGCGAGAUGUCGUCGGGCCUCCGCGCCGCCGACUUCCCCCGCUGGAAGCGCCACAUUGCGGAGGAGCUGAGGCGGCGGGACCGGCUGCAGAGGCAGGCGUUUGAAGAGAUCAUCCUGCAGUAUAACAAGUUGCUAGAAAAAUCAGAUCUUCAUUCAGUGCUGGCCCAUAAGCUCCAAGCUGAAAAGCAUGACAUCCCCAACAGGCAUGAGAUAAGUCCCGGACACGAUGGCGCAUGGAACGACGGUCAGCUACAGGAAAUGGCCCAGCUGAGGAUCAGACACCAGGAAGAACUGACUGAACUACACAAGAAGCGUGGGGAGUUAGCUCAAUUGGUGAUUGACCUGAAUAACCAAAUGCAGCAGAAAGACAGGGAGAUGCAGAUGAAUGAAGCAAAAAUUGCAGAAUGCUUGCAGACGAUCUCUGACCUGGAGACGGAGUGCCAAGAACUACGCAGUAAGCUUCAAGACCUUGAAAGGGCCAACCAGACCCUGAAGGACGAAUAUGAUGCCCUGCAGAUCACGUUUACUGCUUUGGAGGAGAAACUGAGGAAAACUACUGAAGAGAAUCAGGAGCUGGUCACCCGGUGGAUGGCUGAGAAAGCCCAGGAAGCCAAUCGCUUAAAUGCAGAGAAUGAAAAGGAUUCAAGGAGACGGCAAGCCCGGCUGCAGAAAGAGCUUGCAGAAGCAGCAAAGGAACCUCUACCCGUUGAACAGGAUGAUGACAUUGAAGUCAUUGUGGACGAAACCUCUGAUCACGCUGAGGAGACGUCUCCUGUGCGAGCCAUCAGCAGAGCAGCCACUAAGCGACUCUCGCAGCCUGCUGGAGGCCUUCUGGAUUCUAUCACUAAUAUCUUUGGUCUGUCCGAGUCUCCCCUUUUGGGACAUCACUCUUCUGAUGCUGCCAGGAGGCGCUCUGUCUCUUCCUUUCCAGUUCCCCAGGAUAAUGUGGAUACUCAUCCUGGUUCUAGUAAAGAAGUGAGAGUGCCAACAACAGCGAUGUGUAUCUUUGAUGCUCAUGAUGGGGAAGUCAACGCUGUGCAGUUCAGCCCUGGCUCCCGGCUGCUGGCCACAGGAGGCAUGGAUCGGAGAGUUAAGCUUUGGGAAGUGUUUGGAGAUAAAUGUGAGUUCAAGGGUUCCCUGUCCGGCAGUAAUGCGGGAAUUACGAGCAUCGAAUUUGACAGUGCUGGAUCUUACCUCUUAGCAGCUUCAAAUGAUUUUGCAAGUCGAAUCUGGACUGUGGAUGAUUAUCGGUUACGGCACACGCUCACAGGACACAGCGGCAAAGUGCUGUCUGCCAAAUUCCUGCUGGACAAUGCCCGUAUUGUUUCUGGAAGUCAUGACCGGACCCUCAAGCUCUGGGAUCUACGCAGCAAAGUCUGCAUAAAGACGGUGUUUGCAGGAUCCAGCUGCAACGAUAUCGUCUGCACAGAGCAGUGUGUCAUGAGUGGCCAUUUUGACAAGAAAAUUCGUUUCUGGGACAUCCGAUCGGAGAGCAUCGUCCGGGAGAUGGAGCUGCUGGGGAAGAUUACGGCCCUGGACUUAAACCCGGAAAGAACAGAACUCCUCAGCUGCUCCCGUGAUGACCUGCUAAAGAUCAUCGAUCUGCGAAUAAAUGCUGUCAGACAGACGUUUAGCGCACCUGGGUUCAAGUGCGGCUCCGAUUGGACCAGAGUUGUGUUUAGCCCUGAUGGUGGUUAUGUGGCAGCGGGCUCGGCUGAGGGCUCUCUCUACAUCUGGAGCGUGCUCUCAGGGAAAGUGGAGAAAGUCCUUUCCAAGCAGCAUGGCUCGUCCAUCAAUGCUGUGGCGUGGUCCCCCUCCGGCUCGCACGUUGUCAGUGUGGACAAAGGAAGCAAAGCUGUGCUCUGGUCGGAAUAUUGAUGGCACUUCCUCGAGAGAGUAGAGCUGAAGCCGGAGAAGCACACCAACUCCCGCAGCUCUGUCCUGGCAGGUGGUGUGUUGGGUGUUAGCUUUGACCUCCGGAGAAGAGCUGGAGCCAUGUGAGGCAAUGGCCUUCCUUUGAACAGGAUUUCUGAGGAUUUUAGCUGAGGUCUUGAAUGGCCUGAAAGAAUAACACUGAAAAAAGUCUGGCCCUGCAGUCCCUUAGCAGAGGUUCAGGUUCUUGCCUUGAUUUGGGUGGGAAACACUACUGGCUCUGAUCUUCCAUACCUCAGUGGGGGGAGCACAGGCACCUGCCGGGUUCCUCGCUCGCUGGCAGUGCCAACAACACCCCACGCGUCUGGGUGUCGGUUCUCCCUCCGUGCUUUCUCCCGUCCUUCCAGAGUCAGUCCUGGCCGAACGCAUGUCCUAUCACCUCGGGGUGGUUUUCCCGGUGAACUCGCUCGAAUCAUUGGAUUAACAGAAACCCAAACAGGAUUACCCCUGCCCUCAGCCCACAGGGGCUGCCCUGAUUUCUGAGGAGACGACAGGACUGUGGUCCUCCCUGCUGGUCUGUGUCAUUAUUACAAAGUUCUUACUCUGAUCUCAUCUGAUUACUGUUGGAAUUUCCUUAGAUCUCCUAAACCGUUCUUAGAAAGCAGUUGUUCUUCAAAGGUUUGGGCUUCCUUUCUCCCUAACAAUGCUUACAUACCUAUUUCUUGGUCAAGAAAUAAGUCUGUGGCUGAAAGAACUUUUCGGAUGUAGGAGAGGAAGUGCUGAAACCUUCGGGGGAAGUGCACGUGCUGCAGGAGUGGACUUCCAGAAAGUGGGCGGGGUGUGCACCACCUUCUUCCCAGGUGCGCCUCAGUUACAGUCACUGGUAACAAGGGAUUGGAGGCCUCGAAUGUAUUAGCCCGGAGCCAGCAGUUCCAGGUCACUGCCCCUUUGCCAAGCCUAUGUGCAAUACCCCCUCGGUGCUUUAGUGCGAGAAGCCCAUUCCAAGAAGCAUGGGGAUGUCCUCUUUAGGUUUCAGGAGUUAGGAUCAAGGCCAGGGAAAAACUGGCCUGUGGCUUUUUUUUUUUUUUUUUUUUUUUUUUUUUACAUUUAUCUUUGCCAUUUUACCUGUGUAUAUCAUUUUAGUUCCUGAGUGACUGAAACACCAAUACUUUCAUCACUUUUUAAUUUGCACUUUAUUUUUUUCCUUCCACACUUGUUCUCUGGACAGCUGUGGGUAUGAGUGCUGGAGCUGGGUGAGGAGGGGCGCCGUGUCCGUCCUCCCUCUACCCCCAGCCCUCCUCCCCCACUUUCCAGCGUGCUGCUCCAAGAGCUCAAGGGGAGGUGGAAUUCACAGGCCAGGGCGCAUCUUUUAUUUAUUUAAUUAUGUUGCCCAACAGAACUUGAUUGUAAAUAAAAAAGAAAUCUGUUAUAUACUUUUCA